AAAAACUUCUCAUGCCAUGUAAUAAAGUCAUAAUAAUAAAGUCAGUCUUUAUUAUGUGCUUUAAUGAUAUGUGGUACCAAAGCAUAAUUAGCGAAAGUUGACAUAAAUAUCCAAAAUAUGUUCAAGAAAGUCAUAUCCAGUCGCCUGUCGACGUAAAAUUUGGUGUUCAUGAAAAGGAAGCAGUUUUCUGACCCAUGAAGUUUUUUUUUUGGAAACAACAAAUAUGCAAGAAAGUAUCAUAGGCCAAUAAAACAAAGGUUUCAUUAGGGCAAAUGAUUUUAAUUAGUAUUAUUACUAAUGAGUUUCAGCCUUUACACAGAAAAUAAGAAUAUGAACAUUAAGUGCGUCUCAUCACCAGUGCUUGCCAUUAACUCAAACUCUCUGUAAAAAACAAAACAAAAUCCCUCCGCUGUUGUGUUGCAAACAUUACCUCAACAUUCGAUGUAAGAAAAAUACAAAAUAAUGAACUACUUUCACUGGUUGGUCACAUUCCUGUAAGUAUGAUACAACUCCUUAAACCACGCCCAAGAUGAAUAAAAGGGCAUGGGUCUCAACACUCCAUCAGCUACUGAACCUAGACAUUGUCCAACAAAACCAUAACCGCCAUCCACUUAAAGUGAAAGAGAGAUUUACCAUGGAAACAGGCAAGGUGCAGGCUACUGUCCCAACCUACCUUGGAUGGUCCAUUUUCAACACUUUGUGCUGUUGCCUGCCUCUAGGGAUUGCGGCUAUCAUCUUCUCCUGCAAGGCACAAAAUGCUAAUCUUCUUGGACAGGCAACUGUAGCCAGAGAUGCUUCAAGGAGCGCCAGGGUCCUAAACAUCUUCGCACUUGUCUGUGGAAUAGUCCUGAUCAUCAUAUACGUUGUUCUCAUCACCGGCUUAUGAUGAAGUGAAAGCAGUGGAGGUGGCGGAGGGGCUUCCUUUAUUUGCCAGGAUGUGAAUGGGUGUAAUGAACCCCCCCACCCACACACACACACACACACACACACACACAUAUACACACACCUCCCCCCACAAAAAACGAUAACGACAUGCUAAAACAAAAUAAACUCGACGUGUCUCCGAAGAAGCAUCUUCAAGAAACCAUGCACGUCCCGCUGCCCUUGGUUCUGUUUGUUCGGUGGGAUCGUACCGUGACCUAGACAACUGGCAACAUUCCUCUCAAGUACUUCCCCUCCUCCACACGCAAGACCACAAAGCUGGAACAGAUGUCUGUAUGUUCGCAUGCGUUUGUUCUUGUUUUCAUAAGGUUUCCACAGGAGAAAAAAAAAAAAGAAAGAAAGAAAGAACUUGGUGUGCUUACAGCUUUUGUCUCAAAAUCGCAAACUAUGUGUGAGUCGGCUUUUCUGUUUUAAAAUGUUUGUUUUAAACACGCUGAAAAGAAUUUGCUUGUUUUGGGGCAGAAAAUAAACAGUUCAACGUGA